AUGUUGAGUAUUUAUUUUUCCCAAAGGCUUAUUGGAGUGAAUAUGAAACAAAUUGUAGAAUGCCCUAAAGACAAAAAUGAAAAUAUAGCGAAAGAAACGAUGACGCUGAUAGAUUUAUUAUUUUUACACAAUAAAUCAUUCGAAGAAGAGAAAAAAUUUCAGCAAAGUACUUUGAUGGUCAAAAUUUGUCUGAAGCCGCGUUAUCUUUCUUCAAUGAACUUUCAUACUAAAUUACUUCUGCAUGACCUACUCAGCAAUUUCCAUAUAAAUUCAUCAAGAGAACAAUUCAUUAUAUGGAAUUGUUUAGAGCACAAAGAACAAUAUUCAUGGCUUUUCUAA